AGUGAUCAUCUGUUCCCAGAAGAGUCAGCCCUUUCUUCCCAAGACUAAAAUUCUCUUUUUUCAGCUCUUCUUCAGGAGUCACUUUAUAUUUUUGUUGCUUCUUUUGAGAGUCCUGAAAGAGUAGUGUCCAGUGUUAGAUAGUCAUAUCUCUCCUGACACCCUCUAGAGCAGUAUAAUGACCUCCUGUUUUUCACACUCAGCACUUUAUUAAAAUAACCUAGAUUCAAAUUCAUCCUCUUUUGAAUAACUUCAGGCCCUGGGUUAUAUUUAGUUUGUGACCUACUCUAACGCACAUAUCCUUUUCUGCUGUUCUGCUACCUAGCCAGUUGUAUUUGCGCAUUUCAUGUCUCCUUUCUAGCCAUAGCUCUCUGUAUUUCUUUUUCUUGACUGUCAUCUCUCUGACUUCUCAGGGCUGUUUUUUCCCUGAAUGCCUGUGGGCUCCCUUUCAAACAUGAGGAACAGAGAUACUGGCUCACCCACUCAGGUAAAUGCAGAGCAGCCAAACAAGAACAAGAAUUCUAAUGUAACAUGGCUCUCUGAAGAAGAAUCUUUCAGUGACAUAAUCACUCCAUCUUAUAAAAAACCUCUCUAUGGCAUCUCACACAAAAUCACAGAGAAGAAGAACCCACCAGGAACUGAGCAGUUUGCUUCUUAUGAGUUGUUUGAAAAAAUCAACCCCAGCAGUCCCUCACAAAUUCGGACUUUGAACGACCAACGCAAAAGAGACUCGGCCACAGCCAUUGCUGUAGCAGCAGCCGCAGCAGAUUCAGACUCAAAUAUAUAUUCUUUGAUACAGAAAAUGUUUUACACACUUAACACCCUCAAUACCAAUAUGACUCAACUUCACAGUAAAGUUGACCUGUUGUCUCUGGAGGUUAGCAGAAUUAAAAAGCAAGUCAGUCCAGCAGAGUCCGUUGCAGACUUCAAGCCUCCCCCAGAGUACCAGCUGACUUCUACAGAACUCAAACAAAUCAUGGAUCAAAGCACAUCAGGCGGAGACCUGGCUUGCCGGUUGCUAGUGCAGCUCUUCCCAGAGCUCUUCAGUGACGAUGAGUUCGGCAGGAGCUGCAGUGCAUGUGGCUUUCUGAACAAAAGGAAACUUGAAUCUCUUCAUCUGCAGCUUAUCCGUAACUAUGUGGAAGUUUGUUAUCCUUCUGUGAAGAAUACAGCUGUGUGGCAGUUGGAGUGUUUGCCUCAAGUCAACGAUUUUUUCAAUAGAUUUUGGGCUCAAAGGGAAAUGGAAAACAGUCAGCAGAAUGUGCAAUCAUCCAGUUUUUAUGAGACUGAGCAGGUCGAAUCCUCUCAUUUUAUGGAGGAUAAAGAGCAAGAGGAAGCCUUAUCCUUGGACAGGAGUAAUGUAAUUGCCUCAGAUUACAUGCUGGAUGCUCAGGAUCUCAAUGAAUUUUUAGAUGAAGCUUCUUCACCAGGGGAAUUUUCUGUUUUUUUGUUACACAGACUGUUUCCAGAACUCUUUGACCAUAGAAAAUUGGCUGAAAGGUACAGCUGCUUUGGAGACUCUGGAAAACAACUGCUGGAUCCUCAUCGGCUUCAAAUAAUCCGUAGGUACACUGAAAUUUACUUUCCAGAUGUGCAAGAAGAAGAAGCCUGGUUGCAGCAGUGUGUUCAGCGCAUAAAUGAUGAGCUUGAAAGUACAUAUAUGGAUGGAAGUGAAUGUGAUCAGAUGAGAGAUGACUGUUACGAUUCUUCUAGUUUACCAGAUGAUGUAUCAAUCAUAAAAGUGGAAGACAGUUUUGAAUAUGAAAAACCUGGCAGGCGGUCAAAAAAAAUUUGGCUUGUACCCAUAGAUUUUGACAAACUUGACUUUCCCCCUCCUGAUUUUGAUGUCCCUGUCCCAGAUUACCUGUUGAAUAAAGAACAGAUUAAAAGCAUAUAUGAAAGCAGUCUUUCCAUAGGCAACUUUGCCUCUCGAUUGCUUGUUCUCUUAUUUCCUGAACUAUUUACUCAUGAAAACUUACGGAAGCAAUACAACUGUAGUGGAUCUUUAGGAAAGAAACAGCUCGAUCCCACUAGAAUUAAAUUAAUUCGGCAUUAUGUGCAGAUACUGUACCCCAGAGCAAAGAAUGACAGAGUGUGGACAUUGGAGUUUGUUGGGAAGCUUGACGAGAGGUGUCGACGAAGAGACACAGAGCAAAGGCGCUCAUACCAACAGCAACGGAAAAUCCACGUGCCAGGGCCUGACAGAAGGGAAUUUCUCACCUAUGCAAUAAACCCUGAGAGGUUUCGAGAAGAAUUUGAAGGGCCGCCACUGCCACCGGAAAGAAGCAGCAAGGAUUUUUGCAAGAUACCACUUGAUGAACUUGUUGUUCCUAAUCCAGACUUCCCUGUGCCUUCUCUGUAUUUACUGUCUGAUAAGGAGGUAAGAGAGAUAGUGCAGCAGAGCCUGUCGGUUGGCAACUUUGCUGCCAGGCUUCUCGUAAGGCUCUUUCCUGAACUCUUUACUCCAGAGAAUCUGAGACUGCAAUACAACCAUUCAGGUGCUUGUAAUAAAAAACAGCUUGAUCCCAUCAGACUGAGACUGAUCCGUCAUUAUGUGGAGGCAGUUUAUCCUGUGGAGAAAAUGGAGGAAGUAUGGCAUUAUGAAUGUAUACCGAGCAUUGAUGAAAGAUGCCGGCGUCCUAACAGAAAAAAGUGUGAUAUACUGAAAAAAGCAAAGAAAGCAAAAAAAGUGACAGGCUCCUUAAAUUGCUAAGACUUUGACCACUAAAUUAUUGUCAAGAUUACACUUUGGUUUAGACUGAAGGUCCUGUCGGGAGCUGAGGGUGCUCAGGAUCUGGGACACUCAGGCACUAAAUUUGUUGCAUUUCAGUGUGUGUGUUGCAUCUCUGUUGGCACCGCAGCAGUGGGAAGUGGCUUACUACAUGGGUAAAGACCAUCAGUGACAGAGCUAUCAAUGACUCACUGAGAGCAUGAUUUUCACUGGUGCAAUUACAUGUAUUGAAACUAUUACUCCACUCCCCAUUUCUGCAUCUUCUUUUUCUAUCACUUUCUAAUAAUAAAGAAUUUUUUUUUAA